AGUGGCCAGCAAUGAAUUCUGGUGUAGGCUUAAACCCACCCACAUCUCCUGAAGUUACCAGUGAAAGAUAUUCUUCAAGGGCUGGUAGUGUGAAAAAUAUCUGCGUGCUUGUCACUAGAAGGGCGUUUGGCUCCUUUCCAAAGUAUGGCUACAGUAAUCACAGGAUUAACAUGAUCAUUUUAAGGAAGACUGUAUGUCAGAAAACCACAACGUUUCGUAAAGUUUGGACAAAACAUUCAAAGUCCUCCAUCAACUAUGUAAAUGGAAGAAUUUAUUUUGCCAACUUUGGGUGCUGUUUUACAAGUUUUUCUUCCAAACCACAUCAACUGUAUGAAAUGCCGAGAUGUCUAAAAUCAGAAAAGAUUGAAGAUGCAAUGUUAUGUGAAUGUCCAUUGGGAGAGCCUCUUCCUCAGCCAUCCGAUUAUACCUCCUCGUUGAUCGCCAUAACAGGUCACAACUGGCUGCUACGUAUUGCUGCUGAUACUGGGGAGACAUUACAGAAGGUCUACCUUGGGUCAUACAGAAAAUUCAGGUAUAUUGCCUGGGAUGUUCCACAGGAGACUCUAGUUGUCAAGUCUAUCCAAAAGAAUAUUAGUAGCUUAUUCACAUCUCUCUUUAUAUUUCAGAGCACAGUGCUGUUUUAUUUUGCGAUCUUCAAUGUUUUCCCCCUGACGUUAGUAGGUGUACUGGAGAUUGAUAAAAAGGUGUUUGGGUCUAAUGUAACUGAUGCCAUGAUUUCCAAUGGCAUGCUGAUCGUAAUGCACAGUGCUGGACUUGUCCGCCUCUACAGCUUUGAGAGGAUAGCUGAGCAGUACAUGCAGCAGACGUGUGUCUUGGGGGAGACUUGCACUUGGAAAGGUGAAGCCGGGACAGUUGGAGACUUUCCAUUUGGCGUUCCCUGUAACAUCACAUUGACUGAAAAACCUCCGUUUCUCUUUGAAGUACCUUGUCUAGAAAAUGCUUUCCAAGUGGGUGGCUAUCCCUGGCAUUAUAUAAUUACGCCCAACAACAAAACGCAGAAAGGCACCUAUCACAUCCGCUCCCUUGAUGAUCACAGCCCUGUGAAGAAUGGCAUACGUGAUCUGAAAUACUGUUCACUGGAACCUGACUGGAUUCACUUCCAUCCAGAUACAUCUGAAAGAAUAAUUCACGUUGGACCGGAUCAGAUCAGUGUUUUAAGGAUUAAAGAGCUGGAAAACGAUUCAUACCAGUAUGGGAUCACGGAGGACUUCAUUAUUCUAGCCAUGCGAGACGCAACGGCAAACAAUAAAGUUACCGUGACUGCAUCUGGAAGAUUGGUGAAAAGGCGUUAUGAUAAGCUGGAUGAUGAUCCUGAACAAGAGACAUUCGAGGCUGUAGUAUAUGAAGAUGAGCUGGAUUUGAUGACUGUGGUGGCUGUUAUUCAGACAGAAUCUGAAGGGAAAGCACAUGUCAAUCUACACUGCAAUGACACAGGAAGAUUAAUGAAGAAGAUCAUACUCCAGGAAUCCUGGGAUGUGACUUACAGCCACAUCUUAGUGUUUGAUCGUGACACUCUAAUACACAUAGAGGAACGGCCCAACCAUAACUUUUCAUGCUAUGUUUACAAAAUGCACUGCGGCUCGGAGGAUUGAUGCCGGGUGUAAAGAAGAGUUCUUAAUGCUGAAAAUGUAUG